GAGAGAGAGAGAGAGAGAGAACUAUUCGUUGCCACGAUGCGAAGAAUUUGAUUUGAUUUGGGGGUUCGAAGACAGCGAGAGCCCUCGAAAACAGCCUCUCUCUCUGGUGGAGUAGGGAUUUGGAUCUGCGCUCUGUGGUGGUGACUGGAGGAGUCGGAAUCUAGGGGAAGUUUCUGCUGCUGGGUUUUGGUUUCUUGCGUGAGGAAUGGCGAGCGAUCUGCCCAUCAGCCCGGAGCUGGAGGAGAUCGAUGGCAAGAUCCAGGACAUCUUCCGAGCCCUUCAGAAUGGAUUCCAAAAAUUAGAUAAGAUUAAAGACCCUAGUAGACAGACUAAACAGUUGGAGGAGCUUACAGGGAAGAUGAGGGAAUGUAAGCGGUUGAUUAAAGAGUUUGAUCAUGAACUUAAAGAUCAGGAGAGUCGAAUUCAACCAGAGCAUAAUAAGCAGCUCAAUGAGAAGAAGCAAUCGAUGAUUAAGGAGCUAAACUCAUAUGUGGCUUUGAGAAAGACGUACCAAAGUAACCUUGGAAAUAAAAGAGUUGAGCUCUUUGAUAUGGGUGCUGGAACUAGUGAUCCUGUAACCCAGGAGAAUGUUAAGAUGGCAUCAGAUAUGUCUAAUCAAGAGCUGAUAGACAAUGGAAGGAAGCAGAUGGAUGAGACUGAUCAAGCCAUUGAGCGUUCAAAAAUGGUCGUUGAGCAAACCAUUGAAGUAGGAACUCAAACUGCUGCAAAUCUUAAAGGCCAAACAGAACAAAUGGGUCGAAUUGUUAAUGAGCUGGACACCAUUCAUUUUUCCAUCAAGAAGGCUUCUCAGUUGGUGAAAGAGAUUGGUAGGCAGGUUGCCACCGAUAAGUGCAUCAUGUUUUUCUUAUUUCUUAUUGUUUGUGGUGUCAUUGCAAUCAUUAUCGUGAAGAUUGUGCACCCGAACGACAAGAACAUCAGAGACAUACCGGGAUUGGCGCCUCCAGCUGGAAGGAAAUUGUUGUCAUUAGAAGCUCUUGGAAAUUGACAGUUUGCUUUCAUGUUUGACGGAGGAACUGCUCCAGUGCCGUGUGUGUGAGGAACAUGUCAGAAGUCACAGAGCUUAAAGCGCCUCAUUUGGGGAUGAGUAUGUCACUUGCUUCCCUUGGGCAGGAUUUCCAACGCCCUUCCCGUGUACAUUUGGCAUAGAGUGAAAACAUUACAUGGAUCAAUCAAUUUAUGCUGUGGAUAUGUGAGAAUGCCUUCGAAACAUUUGUAAUUUCGGACUUUCAUCUAUUGUUUCUUUCCCA